UAGAGAGGAGGAAAAGGAGAAAACAACAACAAGCCUGUUGGGACAGUGACCACACCGAGGUGACUGGUCUAGACUAAUAAUCCACAAAUCAAUCCAGGAUAACUAUUCUCUGUCGUCCCGAGGCCGAGAUGUCUUUGUUUGGGAAGUUGUUUGGUAGCAGUGGAAAAGGAGGUAAAUCUCCAAACCCCCAAGAGGCGAUUCAGCGACUGCGAGAAACUGAAGAAAUGUUGACCAAGAAGCAAGAAUUCCUGGAGAAGAAGAUCGACCAGGAGCUUGUGACUGCCAAGAGAAACGGCACGAAGAACAAAAGAGCUGCAUUGCAGGCACUAAAGCGUAAGAAGCGCUACGAGAAGCAGUUAACUCAGAUUGAUGGCACCCUUUCUACCAUCGAGUUCCAACGGGAGGCGCUAGAGAACGCUCACACCAACACUGAGAUCAUCAAGAAUAUGGGCUUCGCUGCCAAGGCCAUGAAAGCUGCCCAUGACAACAUGGACAUUGACAAAGUGGACGAACUUAUGCAGGACAUUACAGAACAGCAGGAGAUUUCUAGAGAAAUUACAGAUGCAAUCUCAAAGCCUGUUGUGUUUGGGGAGGAAUUUGAUGAGGAUGAGCUGUUAGCUGAACUUGAGGAGCUGGAGCAGGAAGAGUUGGAUAAAAACCUACUGAAGAUCACAGACAAUGUACCACUGCCAAACGUGCCCUCUACAUCCUUACCUGCCAGACCAGCAAAGAAGAAAGAAGAGGAUGAGGAUGACAUGAAAGAUCUAGAGGCGUGGGCUGCCAAUUAAUGCUCCCCGAAACCCAUACACACUAUACAAGGCAAGAUACCUGUUACUAAAGGACCUGGAAGGACUCUUCAGUAUGUUACAGUAUGAUGUCUUUGUGUCUAAAAUAGGUUAAUAUAUAAACACACACGCAAGACGAAAAUGAAAACAUAAAUGCAGCUGCUCAAAAAAGCUUAUAAAUCUCCGCCAAGCUUACUGUCAACACACUCAUCUAAGCAAGUUUGAGCUUUUGCCUCAUUUCUCCUCAUCUCUGGACUGUCCAGACAUGAAAAAGGCUUGUUGUAGAUCAGUGUUCGUGUGUUCGGCACUCCAUUGCCUGUAUAAGUAGUCAUAUAUUUUCAAACUUCCAUCACAAGGAAUCCUCCGCUUGGUCCAAGAAACCAGAAACCCUUUGCACGCAGGGGAAAGUGUCUGUAACGAUCUGUCAUGUUUUUUGGAGAGAACAUGUGGUAGCUUAUAUAUUACGAAUUCAUUUGUUCACAAGUUUGAUUCCGUGCAGCAUUUCAAGCAUUUCAAGCAUUUCAGUGCAGGUGCUUCCCACGUACAAUAUCCGUAGUGCCCACGGGACGUCCUAGAUCAGCACUUAGGCUUUGAGUACAAAACUUGUUCCCCUUUUCAGGACUGAGGUGGGCAUGAAGAUUUGAGUGCUGCUGCAGCUGUAAGGCUUUUACUGUACAUUGCUUCACUCUUCAAUGGCAUGUCGGUUUACAGUCUCCUGACAGCAUGGGAUUCCUAUAUGGAAUAGGUCUCUUCACUCAAGAAACAUGUGCUGUAUUUGAGAUAUUACAGAAAUACUGGCUCAUGAUUCUAAGAUAUCUUUACACUAGAAGUGGUUUCUUAAACUGAGUGUUGUAUUAGGGGGAAAAACGACAAGGUUUGUUGUAGAUUACCCACUGUUGUCUUAUUUUUGAGGUGCGAAUGCAUUCAGAAAGAUUUGUACGAUGACAGACUGCACAUAUACCAUUCAUAUCGUGCUUUAUUUUACAGAGUGCACUAUUAUGAGGCUCUGGUUUUAUUCAUUUUCCUCUCCUGAGAGUCUAUAAAACAUUUGAGUAUUGAAUAUUGAGAUGUUAGAGAAACACUUAACACUAAACACAUAACUAUGUUUAUUUAUCAGGCUCGGAACAUUUCAUUCACAUUGUUUAUUGUUUGUUUGUCUUUUUGACAUUUAUUUACGUUGUCCUUCUCUGCCUUUCAACCUUACACCUACAUUAAAGUUCUGCCAAAUUAA